CACCAUUCAAAACCUGGCACUCUUUUAAGAGAAGAUGACAUUCGAAUUGUUAAAAACAGAUCAAACAAAUCCUCUUUUGCUAAGAUCAAGAAGGCUUAUUUAGGUGAUUUAAUCCCUUAUCUACCAAAUAGUUUUCAUAGAGAUUCAGAACUUCACUUUGAAAAUAUCAAAGAAUUGCAUUAUGUUAAUACAGAUUCGUCUGGAUUAUUGAAUAAUUUUGUUGGAUCAUUAAUAAAAUUGAAAAAUUAA